AUGAAUUCCAGUAGCAAUGGGAAUCGUUUCGGUAUUCAAAAGUUGGAAGCCCAUGACGUAGGAAAUGUCGAUGAACACCCCUUAGCGAUAGUGAAUGGCGUAAGUAUGAUGGACAGUCAAGAGAUGAUAGAAUUGGAUGUAGCUAGGCUACAUUCAGGCCAGCUUAAUGGACCGCAAGAAGAGAAUGCAUUGAGGCAGAUAUUAGUGAAUUGGGUGAAAAGAAACGGGGUAGGGUACAAACAGGGAAUGCACGAGAUAUGCCUUGUACUAUACCUAGAGAACGACAAAGACGUAGAUGAGUGUUAUAAAAGGUUUGACAACGUGAUGAAGUGGUUAUAUCCUUUGUUUUAUAGGGAUAGCGGUGUAAAUGAAUGGAUCAAGAACGAUUUUAGUCCGAUGUUACGAAAAAUGAGUCCUCGAAGGUUGUACGAAAUCAUCGUGGUAAAGUUCCAAAUUUCGCAUGCGGUAUGGUGUAUUCGAUGGUGCCGGUUACUUUUCAUUCGAGAAUUGAGCGGUCCUGACCAGUAUCUGCCCAUAUGGUAUGAAUUGUUCGAUAUUGAAAAUAAGGGUAAAUUCAUUGCAUGUGUGACAAUAGUGAUGUUAAUGUGCAUUGUACCGCAGUUGACAGAGGCGCAAGACGAAAGCGAGUGUUUGUAUUUGUUAUUGAACUAUCCAAAACUAUGCGUACCGAUUGAAAAAGUUGUGGGAUGGGCAAAGAUCAUGUACGAUUAUCGUGCUGUUAAUACCAUAGAUUCACAGCAUGCAGAUUCAGAUGCAGAUGCAAAUGCAUCGCCGCUCGAAGAAGAAAUUCUACAAGGUAGUAACGGUGAAUGGUACAAAAAAUACAAAGAUUAUGACGUAAAUAGACUGCGGAUGGAGAUGAGGUUGAAACGACGUGCAAAAUGGCGAUUAUCCAAGUGA